UUAUAGCAGAUACGCCAAGAACUUAUCCUACUAAAGAUUUACAAAGUUGCCUAAUAUAUACUAUUCUACACUCGGCGUUUACAAUGUACACACACAAUAAAUCAAAGAAGAAGAAAAACCCAAAGAAUAUUAUUCAACAACAACCAAACAAAACAUAAAUACAAAUUUUUAAAUUAUUAGUCUGCCUUGACAAAAACCGCUCCACCGUGCGCUCUUCGCUCGUUUGCUUAACGAGGGAAGACUCAAAGCCAUGUAGGAAACUAGGCAGCAAGAUUCACGCUUGUUUCAAGUAUUCCCCGCAUUUUCUCGGAUCCCUUCGUUUCUUAAGAACAUCCAUUUAUGAGGUUCGUCUUGAGGAAAAAUAAGCAGAAAAGAGGAAGUGAGCGCUGUGCGCUACUCUAGACUGCAUGCUUCUAUUGAACUUGAGGCGCGUGUACGUUUCAAACCCAUGCUUUGUGAGUGUUUUGUGGCACUGUAACUUCCUAUCCACUGCCAAAGAUGUAUAUGCAGGUUGAAAGUCAUUCAAACAAACGCCUUCACUUGAAGAGAUCCCCGGGCAUCAGAUCUUGGUCUAUCUUUGUAGGGAUCUCCUCCAUUGGCAUAGCUGCUGCUUAUUAUAGUGAAGAAAGCCUGGGAUGGAAACUCUUUUAUCUUGUUGGCUGCCUCUUUGUAGCUGCACAAAACCUGGAGGAGUGGGAAGAAGUUAUAUUUGAGAAAGAUGCAGGAAAGGUUUACUUAAAGUCAUUCAGCCUUUACAAAAAGGUGUUGACCUUUUCCAGAGCUGGCCAUGAACAAGUGGUUGUUCCGUUGGAUGAAAUACAGGCUGUAAAUGUAGAAGAAGAGAAAGUUCGUUACUUUGGGAAGGGGUACCUAGUUGUACUGCGAUUUGGCACUGGGUUUUCACACCCUCUCACACAGAAUGCAGUGAUGGGCUACAGAAGUGAUGUUGAGGCUGUGGCCAAAAUCAUUGUUGGUUUCCUUGAACUGAACGAGUUUCAGAUUGACGAAGGCCUUGAAACGAGUAGUGGAACGGAUGUUAGUGAUGAAGAUCAAGCAAAGGACAAAUAGUUACAUGAACUCUGAUACGUAAAAACCAAAAAUUUUCUGAAUGGUAGAAAACUUGAAUCUGUUACAUUAUUAAGUUCUAGAAACAUUUUUUAAUUGUUAACUUCCUGUGUAUAAUGUUAAGCAUACAGAUUUGCAACAAUCAGAAAGGAGUUUCUUCCAUAUUUUCUAGAGCAGGGGUGCCAAACUCACGUCAUCAGGGUGGCGUCACGUGAUGUAUCAGGACUUCCCCCCCCUUUGC